AUGAGGAACUUCAAGAGUGUAGCUCUCGGGCUUGUAGGAGCUGCUGCGGUAGCAUCAGCUUCUGACGUCCAUGACCUCAAGACAGAUACAUUUACAGACUUCGUCAAGAGCCAUGACCUUGUUUUAGCAGAGUUUUUCGCACCAUGGUGUGGCCACUGCAAAGCAUUGGCCCCAGAAUACGAGGAGGCCGCAACGACACUCAAAGAGAAGGACAUCGCCUUGGUCAAGGUUGACUGCACAGAAGAAGCCGACUUAUGUAAAGAAUAUGGCGUUGAAGGCUACCCAACUGUCAAGGUCUUCCGAGGCCCGGACAACGUGAGCUCCUACUCAGGGCAAAGAAAGGCGCCUGCUAUCAUCUCCUACAUGACCAAGCAAGCCCUCCCUGCAGUAUCAGUCCUCACACCAGAAACAUUCGAGGAAUUCAAAACCGCAGACCAGGUCGUGGUGGUUGCUUUCUUUGAAGCUGGCGACAAGACCUCGAAUACCACUUUCAGCGAAGUCGCCGAGACCAUGAGAGACGAUCACCUCUUUGGAGCCUCUAAUGACGCCAAGUUGGCCGAAGCCGAGGGUGUCAAAUUCCCAUCUGUUGUUCUCUACAAAUCGUUUGACGAGGGCAAGGACAUUUUUGAGCAGAAGUUUGACAAGGAAGCCAUCACCAAAUUCACCAAGACUUCAGCCAUGCCGUUGGUAGGCGAAGUCGGUCCUGAGACAUAUGCUGGCUACAUGGCGGCUGGCAUCCCACUAGCCUACAUAUUCGCGGAAACCCCAGAGGAGCGCGCUGAACUGGCCGCUGAGCUCAAGCCUCUCGCACAAAAGCACAAGGGGGUCAUCAGCUUCGCCACCAUUGACGCCAAGUCUUUCGGUGCACACGCUGGUAACCUGAACCUCGAAGACGGCAAAUGGCCCGCCUUUGCUAUUCAGGAGACCCUCAAGAACCAGAAGUUUCCCUAUGACCAGGACAAGAAGCUUACACAUGACGAUGUUGGCGCAUUCGUCCAGAACUUCGUUGAUGGCAACGUCGACCCCAGCGUCAAGUCUGAGCCUGUUCCAGAGAAGCAAGAGGGCCCUGUUCAGGUCGUCGUGGCCAACAACUACAAGGAGAUCAUUUUGGACAACGACAACGAUGUUCUUCUCGAGUUCUACGCCCCCUGGUGCGGUCACUGCAAAGCCUUGGCCCCUAAAUAUGAAGAACUUGCCGCCAUGUACCCCGCCAGCGCCCAAGUCACCAUCGCCAAAGUUGACGCCACAGCCAACGAUGUCCCCGACGAGAUCCAAGGUUUCCCAACCAUCAAACUCUUCCCCGCUGGUGGCAAGGAGGAACCGAUCACCUACUCCGGUUCUCGCACCAUCGAAGAUCUAGCCGAAUUUAUCAAGGAGAAUGGCAAAUACAAGGUGGAUGCAUUUGAGGGCAAGAAUGAGACAGGCGAUGAUACUGAGGCUCCUUUGGCUGAAGGUAUGGGUGAGGCAGCAAGGGCGGCAACCGAGACGGCGAAGAGCGCGGCAAGUGACGCCGCUGAGGCUGUGAAGACCGCCGUCACCGAUUCGGAUGGUGCGGAUGACGGCAGUGAGCAUGAUGAGUUGUAG